AAUAGCCAUCACCCCAGUGGAUCCUCCCCUAGUUGGCAAGUAUGAAAGUGACAUAGUUGUACCUAAGUAUCAUCUAGCCAUUAGUUUUUUUUUAUAAUUUUACCUAAACAUCAUCCAAUCAUUGAUUUCUUAGAUUAUUAUAUUGAUUAGUGAAGCGCCACACUCUGAAACUUGAAAGCUUAUGCCUGGAGCUUGCAAUUUAACUGUAGCUAAUGAAGGCAAAGUUACAGUGCUCUUAUAGUGGAACCUAUAUCAUCAGUACUGUUUGAAGGACUCGAGGUGCUUGUUUGUAGCUUUGUAACUUUCUGAAAGCCCAUGUGCAGGAGUACUAUAGUUAACUGUAUUGUAGUGGUUAACACAAAAUGCGAACAUGCACGAUGCUCAGCCAGCACCUCCGAUGAAAGUGGAUCUGAUCACAUGCAUUAGCACCAGCUCCCAAUAAUUACUUUAUUAGAUGAUUAAAGCAGAUCCUAUCCUAUGUACAUGCAUGUAGUCAGCUUAAUUGGGGUAGUGGCUCAAAUAAGUCUAUGCAUGGACUGCAGCGUGAGUUUGGAUGUAGGUAGCUGGCUCGUAGUGUCGCGAAGAUGCCAUCAAGUCAGACAAGCUUCAAAAACAACGGCAUGCCAACAAAAGGCACAAGGCAGCACGUAAAGUGCCAACCAACUGGGCUAAUAUGCACUCCUUCCCAAAACAAACUCUAAAUUAAAAAAAAAAAUCUAAUUAAAAGAUUGUAAACUUCAGGGAACAUAAUGCUGGAACUUACUCCCUCCGUUCCUAAAUAUUUGUCUUUCUAGACAUUUCAAAUGACUACUACAUACGGAUGUAUGUAGACAUAUUUUAGAGUGUAGAUUCACUCAUUUUGCUCCGUAUGUAGUCACUUGUUAAAAUGUCUAAAAGACAAGUAUUUAGGAACGGAGGGAGUAGAUGAUUGGCAAUGGACUGGCCGGUUGAUAUUUUCACACGCAGCUUAAUGUCAACGGGAAUUAUCUCAUCUGAAGCGAACGUUCAGUACUAAUGCGCGACACGAGCCUGUGAAUGUGACGUCAUGACGAUAAUGUGGAUGAUGUGACAGUGCACACGACCAUCGCGCCGUAUUGCUGUCCUAAUGUCGAUGGUUUGCACAGGUAUGCAUUGCAUUUAUUUUUUGUCCGUACUCUGUCAGUAGCAACACAAUAACCUUAUAGAAAGAUUCUGUUCCAAGCUAAUCCAGCUCAAAAGCAUAUGCUUAUAUGGCUGCCACCACACAUGCAUUGCAUCUAAUUUUAAGUAUGUAUUCAGGCUUUGUAAUUUUACAGUGCAAUACUUUGACUGAUCUCCAUGCUCACUGGCAGAUAAAGGCUUCUCGGGAUUCCGAGAACCAAAAAUCUGCCCCGACCUCUGGUUUUCUAUAACAACCAUUCGGAUGAAAGAGCGAGAAAGAAUUUAGCUCCUUAUUAAUGCGUAUCAUGUAGAGACGUAAAAUACAGUUGCUAGUGUACGAUGGAUUCAACCACGCACUGGCACUAGUAAUAAUACUUCUUUCUUGUCAGAGACAGGAUAUACAGACGUGAUUGCACAUUUCUAACUGCAGAGCCAUAGGGAUAUAAAAUCGCCAUGUAUAUUUAUCUAUAUAUAUCCAUCGAUUCCCAGUUUACAUGUGGGAGGGCUCUCUGUUCCAGCUACCAAGCACUGACCCCAACACACCCCAUCAGCUGUGCAACGACUGGUAGUUGAUGAUACAAAGGGGGAACUGAUUGAUUGAUCGAUCAAGCAGUCAAGGUAGCUGUAAAUAUAUCACAUCCAGUAUAUUUCCGUAAAUGUAAGUAAAGCAAUGGUAUUUGAUAGACCAUCUUCAUCAUUGUGUCAAACAAACCACAACCAAUUGAUCUUCAUGAUUAUACUUACACAUUUCACAUCUAAACCAUCACGACUGUAUCUAGUAUCUAUACAGGUUAUAAUCGACAGUUCAUCAUAAUUUUAUCUGAGCAGAUCUACCACGGUUGUAAUCCAAACUUAAUUCCCGUGCUGAUUUAGUAUCACGAACAACUCUCCACCAGUUUACCAUACAAACUAUCAUCGUUGGACUUGGAAUGUGAACUGUAAUCUUGCACACUGCUGAUCUAUUCUAUAAAAUACAGUGUUUGGUGCAUGAUUGAUUCGACAGCUAACAGUACAAUUCAAAGAGAAAAAAAAGUUACUCCAUCUGAUUCAUAUUACUUGUCACACAAAAGGAUGUCACUAGCACUGAAAUACGUCUAGAUACAUCCGUUUGAGCGACAAGUAAUAUGGAUCGGAGGGAGUAUGUAUGAAUGCAGCAGUACAUUUGUUGAUGCAAGUUGGGAAUGUUUAAUCAUGUAUUAAGCGUUCAAGGUAGGAAGUUGCCCAAGUCUUGUCUGGUCACACAAACUAAACCCAGGCAGGAGAAUGGAUAUAAAAUUGACCAUAGAGUGCUAGCCUUGUCUGGUCAGACAAACUAUAGGAAAAUGAUUCCAAGUUCACAUGUGGGUGGGCCCUCGGUUCCAGCUAAGCCACCGUGCAUUGAGUCUUGAGACUCUUGACUUGGUAACAUACAUUGGUUGUGGGUUGAUAUAUAAAUUCAAGCGAGAGCCCAUCAAUCUGAUAGCAAAUUAAGCAAAUGGCACCCAUGUCCUCCAACGUCAUGGAAGCCGGAGCUACACAAACCACCGAGCAGGGCCAUGGCGGAAGGGAGGCUGGCAGUGCAGCUAAAGACGAGGACUCAAAGCUGUAUGAGUUCAAGGAGCAGCUCCUGCUGCUGUCGACUCUGGUUGCAACGGUGACGUACGUUGCCGGGCUGAACCUUCCCGGGGGAUCCUGGGAGCAGGAUGACCCGGGAGGGCAUAUGGCCGGCGACCCGAUCCUUCGGGAUACCCACUACCGCCGGUACCUCGCCUUCUACUACUGCAACGCCACCGCCCUCGCCGCGUCGCUCGUGGUUUCCCUCAUACUCAUCAUCCUGCCGAAGAAGAAACAAUACUGGACACUGGUGCUGAGGAUGGUGAUGGUGCUCGACCUACUAGGCCUCAUGGGAGCCUAUGGUGCCGGGAGCUGCCGUGAUGCAUUCACGACUGUCUACGCAGCGGUAGCCUUCUUCAUUUUGGUAUUGAUCAUCAUUUAUGUUUUCUUAUACGUCUUGCUCAAUCGUGAUGAUGAGGUCCACCCCAACUCCACCCCCACUGCAACUCCAUCUCCAUCUACGCCUCCAAUUCCUACUCUGCCCACCCCAAGUCCAUCUCUAUCUCCACCUCCAAUUCCCACUCUGUCCACCCCAACUCCAUCUCCAUCUCCAUCUCCAAUUCCCACUCUGUCCACCCCAACUACAUCUCCAUCUCCAUUUCCAAACCCUGAUUCCUAUUCCUACUCUCACUCCAUCUCCAGUUCCAGCUUGAACCGUGACUCCAACCCCAAACCCAAGUUCAACUUGAACCCUCACUCCAACCCGAAACCCGAUUCUAACUCGAGCCCUGACUCCGACAUCAAACCCAACUCCAUCUUCAUCUCCAAGUCGACCUCCUUCGUCGAUGCCGUGAAGCGAGUCCAGGCAGAGAAUGAUGUGGUGAGGUCACUCGCUGACGUCAAGAUGCAAGCAGAGAAGGAGAAGAUUGAUGUGCUGAUGUUACUUGCAACCUUCGCAGUCACCAUCACAUACGUUGCUGGGCUCAGUCCACCUGGUGGGUUCUGGAGCAGCACCCAAGAUGGACACCGUUUGAGUGACCCGGUGUUACAAGCCCGUGGCCGGUACCGUGCCUUCUUCGUUUGCAACACCACUUCGUUUGCCGUGUCCCUGCUCAUCAUCGUGUUGCUCUUGGAGAAGAAACUGCUCAACAAGGAGCUGCUCAAGAAGGAGCUGCUCAAGAAGGAGCUGCUCAUUAUCACAGUUCGGUUCGCCCUCUAUGUGUUGAUUGCUGUCGCUUUGCUGGGCCUCAUGGUAGCCUAUGCUGCUGGGAGUUGCAGGGAGACUGAUAAUACUGUCUUUGUCCUUACCCUCACUGCUGUGGUUCCUAUCUGUGUGUGCCUCCAACUGGCAUUUGUUACUUGCACCAAUUGUUGGAAAAGACCCGCAACCAAGUUUGGUGAUGUCUUGGGAUGGUUCAAGACUCCUCGAGGCACCUCCACAAGCACGGACAUCCAGCUACACAUUCAUAACACCCGCUAUCUUGUUAUGCUCCUUGCUACUCUUGUGGUGACCAUCACUUACCAAGCAGGACUAGAUCCGCCUGGUGGCCUGUGGCUAGAUAGCCAGGAUGGGCAUACAAUCGGCCACCCGGUGCUCCAAACGACACAUCCUACUCGAUACCAAGUGUUCUUCUACAGCAACUCCGCAGCUUUCGUCACAUCCUUGGUCGUCAUCAUGAUGCUCCAGAGCAAGUAUCUGCUCACACGGCACACACUUGAAGCAGCCCUAGUACUGGACCUAUUUGGCCUCAUUACUGCCUACGGUGCCGGAAGCACCAGGGACGUAAACGCGUCCUUCUACAUCAUCGCCUUGGCAGGCAUUGUCCUCGUCUAUGUCAUUGUCCAUAUCACAAUAAUAGACCAUGCCCCUGAGCCAGAGGGUGGCGAUGUUGCAGUAAAGCAUCUCGAUGACAAACGCAAGGUGCUACUGUUGGUUGCUAUCUUGGCCGCUACCCUCACAUACCAAGCUGGUCUCACCCCGCCUGGUGGCUUCUGGUUAGCAGAUGACCAAGGGCAUGGUCGUCGUGCGGGCUUCCCAGUCCUUCACGACAAUUACCCUCGUCGUUACCAUGCAUUCUUCUAUUGCAAUGGGGCGAGUUUCAUGGCAUCCGUAACACUCAUCCUUCUUCUUGUCAAUCCAAAGCUAUACAGGCCAGGUAUACGUUGCUAUGCGCUCUAUGUGUGCAUGCUGGUGGGCAUGGUUGGCCUCAUGGGUGCCUAUGCCGCUGGAAGCUCCCGGCAUCUUAAAACCUCCAUCUAUGUAUUAUCCUUGGUUGUCGCAGUGUCAGUCUUCAUAGCCUUGCUGGUACCCCUUUUCCGGUACAUCUGCAAAGACAACAGCACCAACAAUAUCGCCAUUCCUGCCACCGCCACCACCGCCCCCAACAAUACCAGCAAUGCCGCCACCACCAUCAAUGCCACCGCCACCGCCAACAAUAUUGCCGCCGUCGCUGCUGCCACUUCCACCACUACCAUCAUCACUACCAAGGAGAACGAUAAACUUGAAUACUUGAUGUUGCUAGGAAUCUUGGGCGCAAGUAUGACAUACCAGACUGGCCUAAAACCACCGGGCGGCUUGUGGCAGGACAACACCAAUGGACACUCUGCUGGCAACCCCAUCCUCCACGACAUCAACAAGCACCGGUACAAUGCUUUCUUCUACAGCAACUCCACUUCCUUUAUGGCCUCAAUCGUGGUUGUCGUCAUGCUUCUUCCAUUGACAAUUCAAAAGAAGUUUCACGGUCACAAUCUGCCACUCUGGCCGAUGCACACGGCCAUUUUACUGGACAUGAUUAGCCUCCUGGUGGGCUAUGCAGCAGGCAGUACUAGGAAGUGGGAAACCUCCAGACAUGUCAUGUUCCUCAUCAUCCCUGUGUUGCUCUACAUUGCGGUCUAUGCAUUAGCGUCAAUCUUCUACCACAGGAAGAAACAACGUGUGUUGGAAAGGUCAACCCUGAUUCUACCCCAACUGGCAGAGUCAAGUGAUUCUUUGUCAGGUCAAAUUCAGUAGUUCAAUUUUUGGGGAACAAUAUACAGAAACUUGUGGAAGGAACUGAAUAUGUAAUUUUGGGACAGAGUUUAUGAGAUAUUGAGCACCAUAUCUAUAUUUGAGAUAUAUUGAGUUAUUUAUUUA